GUUGUUGCCCUGAUCCGCCAUUUUACAGUCGCCAUUGAAAGGUGAAAACCCUCCUAAAUGUUCUCGAAUAACAUCGAUUUCGAACUGGAAUACCGGGGUUAAUUAGUGCGUGUAGUGUUGGUUAGUGAUUAAGUGUAAAAUGGAGCAGCCAUGACGCAUCCAUUGCAUCAAACGAACGGCGCGAGCUUAGAGGAUUGCCACACGAACUUCUUCGCUCUGACUGACCUCUGCGGUAUAAAAUGGAGGAAACUAGUUUGGGGCGAAGUGACCGGUGGAUUCGGAGGUACCCCCCUUGAAGAUCCGGUACUAUCGAGUUUCUCGCGGUGCCUGGCCAGCGACAUUCUAUGCGUGUGGCGACGCGUCGCUGCCACACCACCCUCCGGUACAUCCGGGGCUGCCGGGGCCGGCAUAUUUGACUUGGGACUGGCACCGUCCCCUGCACCUCCGCCCUUGUCCCUCACAGCCGCCAAGGAAUUAUGGAUCUUUUGGUACGGCGAGGAGCCCGAUCUUUCCGGACUUGUUUCACCCGAGCUCAUCAUCAGCGAAGGUGAACAAGGCUCUUGGGAAAGUGGAUUGUCUUACGAGUGCCGGUCGUUAUUAUUCAAGGCCCUGCACAAUUUGAUCGAACGUUGCUUACUUUCUCGUGAUUUUGUUCGUCUUGGCAAGUGGUUUGUCCAGCCUUACGAUGGAUUUGAGAAACAUCGCUGCAACAGCAGUCACUUGUCGUUCUCGUUCGCAUUUUUCGUUCAUGGAGAAAGCACUGUAUGUGCAAGUGUGGACGUCAGGCAACAUCCAGCGGUACGACAUCUUACCAGGGCUUGUCUUCAACGUACUCAAACUGCUCAAUCUGCUGUCAAGGUGAUCCUAGCGCCGUACGGACUUGCCGGCACCUUGACCGGUCAAGUUGGCAGAGUCGAUAGUCAGCUUCUAGAGGAAUGGAGACAUUUCUAUCCCAUAAACGGUGCAUCGACGGAAUCAGGACUACCGCCACUGGUCGAAGUUUUAGUUGGCGGAGUUCGUAUGCGCUAUCCUUCUUGCUACGUUCUCGUCACUGAUAUGGACGAUGUACCAGCUGAUGCUCCUCUCUCACCGCCGAGCAGCCCAGCCAAUUACGAGCACCCUCUUUCCACGCAGAGGGACUUGAAAGCAGCCAGUGAAUUGCCGGAGAGGGUGUGGGCCGAGUGUACGCUAAACUCUCCCAUGCCUACACCUAAGACUAUCGAUUCUUCACCGGAACCCGGCACAUGGACCUUUGCCGAUGCCACGAAAAAGUCUUCCUGUAGCUGCUCCAAGUGUGCGACCCCCGGGGGUUGGAAGAGUCUGGCAUCCUCUACGCAGUUUCAUAGGGAGAAAUUAGAUAAAGGUGGACGGAGGGUAGUGCCGUUCCACAGACGCUCCGCGACUCAGUGGGAUGCUCCUCCCCCUCCCCCUGCCAAUGCCCCCAGAUUGUUACUGAAUCGAACCGAGGCUCCAAGUACGCCGCCUGGUGGACCCCCUUCCUACCCAAGGGGACCUCCAACAGGAGGAGAUUGUCUGCCUGUUCCAUCGGUUGGCUCUCCUGGAUCUCCGGCACCCUCUCCGCUUCCAACGCCCCAUUCUGAGCCAGCUUCUGUCCCACCAGCAGAUCCGACCAUGCCUACUCUCAGUCCGCAGCCACCGCCGAGCCAGCCCAACGCUGCUCCGCCUAUGACUCCGCCUCAGGGCCCAAAGUCGGCCUCGUCCACAUGCAACCAGGUUUUCAGCCCUGUCCCUGGACCAACCUUAAAAAGACCAAUCCUGGCAUCCAGAGAAUACGAAGGUGCUCUGCUAGAAGAUGAACAACCUCUAUCUUGGCUCUACGAUUAUUCGACACAAGAGGCAUGGCUCAAUCAUCCUGUGAAGAGAUUUAAAGGCUCACCAUCUGGAGUUGCGAAUUUGAGAGGGGCCAACUUAUAUCCGCCAUUGAAUCAGCAGCAACAACAGUCGCAAGCACCUAAACUCGAGAUUAAACAGGAACCAAACACAGCUCCGGGUGAAUGUGCUGGAGGAAGAACAGACCCUUACGAAUUUGACGCAGCAGGAGAAGAGAAUGGAACUGGAGUCGAUGGGCUUAGAAGACCUAGAGAAGAUCCUCCAAAGCCUGGGUCUCUAUUUACCAGCGAGGGUCUCCAAGCAUCAUAUAAAGAUCUUGAUCAGAUUUUCGACAAUUCUGAUCCCGAUACUUCUAGCGACGAGACUAACUUAAACCAGCUUCAAGUACAAACACCACCGGGAUCAAACAAGUCUGGAGGUCUGCAUGAAGAGACCAGGCUUGACGGAGCCAACAAACACAACAGCCGAGGCGUUGGUGUACUUCGGCCUGAAGAGUUGUCGAAGAUGUUUCCAACUCCACCUUCCCUGGAGCACAAUCCUGUCGCUUCGCCGUGUCAGCUCAACGACCCUCCAAUGGAUCAAACGGAGUUAUCGACCAACCAACGGUCGCUCAGGCAUCAGCCGGAUAUUUAUCCAAACAUGGGAUCACCCGCCGAAGAGUCAAUCGAUGAUUGGUCAUACGUUUUUAAACCCGCUCCAAUUUGCAAACUUGUCGGCUCUUCGAAAUACGCUCCGCUGACUAAUUUACCAAGUCAGUCGCUGCCGCCGGUUUCUCUUCCGUCGCACUGCGUCUACAGACCGUCGUGGCAAUGCAAUCCAGUGACAAAUAGUAACCCCGACAAAAUUCUUCCACCUACUAGACCUGGGUCGGUCCAACAACAACCUUGCCCACCAAGUCCCGCGCCUCUCGGAACUCCGUAUCGGGCGGCCACUUUGUCCGGAAGACCUCCGCCCCCUCCAUACGAUCAACCAAGUCCAGCAACGUCGACGACGUCUUCUUAUCUGAACAAGAAUUUGAACAGCAUCGAAGCUGACACUCCCGGGCCUAUCAGGGCUCCGGAAUCAAAUUCAUUGGUAGUUAAUAUUUUGCUCGGAGAUACAGCACUGAAUAUAUUCCGGGAUCACAACUUCGACAGCUGCAGCCUCUGCGUUUGCAACGCUGGGCCCAAGGUUGUCGGUAAUAUAAAGGGAGCCGAUGCUGGAAUUUACUUGGCUGGAUCUUGGGGGCCGGGAGGUGCUCAAUUUCAAGACGACGAUCAAAUACGAUGCAAUUGCGGAUUUAGCGCGGUUGUCAAUCGUCGUCUUGCUCAUCGGGCGGGUUUAUUCUAUGAGGACGAAAUGGAGAUAACCGGCAUUGCCGAGGAUCCAUCUGAGAAAAAGAAGGGCUCCUUGGUAGGGGUCGCCUGCGGGGGUGGGAAGACACCGCCGGAAGGCUUGGAUUCGAUACCUCCGAACGUACUUGAACUACUCAGAGAACAGUGCUUGAUAGUUCAAAGUUCGGCUAGUAGCUUGAAUAGAGCAGCAAGGAUAUACGCGGGUAUAAAAAAUUACUCGUCGCUUGUUCCCACAGUGAAUACUUUGGAGUUCAACGACGGUAACGAAGUGUCGCUAGCUGCUUUGGAUCAGGGAAAAGUUGACAGUACUCCAAACGAGAAAGCCAAUCGUGUUAACGGCGUGCAUAGAUGGGUAUUUCUGCGAGCUCGAGGGCCACAGUGCAGCGGAGACAUCGUUCGUGUUAUGAGAUCUCUUCAGCCGUUGUUGCAGGAGGCAGUACAAAGGAAAUGUACUACCAGAAUGUGGGAGGCUCCUUACACCGUUGCUGGUCCUCUGACUUGGCGACAAUUUCAUCGUUUGGCUGGUCGAGGUACCGAUGAUAGGUGCGAACCCCAACCAAUCCCUGCCCUCGUCGUCGGCUACGACAGGGACUGGCUCUCUCUAUCCCCAUAUGCUCUUAGCUAUUGGGAAAAAUUAUUACUGGAACCAUAUGCGGGCCCCAGAGAUGUCGCCUACGUUGUCGUCGCACCCGACAGUGAACCAGUCAUCACAAAAGUCAGAUCGUUCUUCAGGGAACUAUCUACUACUUAUGAGAUAUGCAGGUUGGGUAGACAUACUCCGAUAUCGAAAGUGGUGCGUGACGGCAUUCUUCGCGUUGGUAAAGUAACAACUCAAAAACUGACCAAACAGCCAAUUGAUGAAUGGUUUAAAUUGCUGGGUGAAAAUCAAAUUGGAGAAUUGCUAAGGCUCUAUGCACACGUCUGCAACUAUAGACUAGCGCCAUACCUAACCCAGGUUAUUCAAGACAGGAGCUUAUUAGAGCCUGGAGAUUCGCCCAGCAAACAGCAACAGCCACCGCCUGCUCCUACUCCUGAAACAACGCCGGCAACUCCUGACAGCUCAACGCCAAAGCCAGAACCUACAGAAGGUGAAAAUGUUAGGAGCGAAACACCGUUAUCUAAUACAACACCAAACGCUGGAUCUGGGACAGGCAAUACUACACCUGUGUCCAUUAAUACAAAUAAUGUAACAACAACUGUGGGGCCUGACGAAGAGGAGGUGGAACCACCCGCAGUAGUCGUAUAUUUAGUUGAACCGUUUUCACUGGGCGGAGCCGAAGAUCCUGACCGUAGGAGGCUCGCUAUCUUGGCUUUGCUGCGUGCUUAUUCUGCCGCUGUUAACAGCAUGCCGGAAAAUAUCAGAUCUAACAUCAACGUUCAGUUGAUUUCCUUAGAAAGUAUAAUGGAAUUAGGAAGAGCGAGAGAAAGGCGGAGAGCUCAGGAUGAGAUGAGAUCACUGGCUCUUAACGUAUUUUUACAAGGUCGACGACUUCUCAAUCAUAACUCAACAGUCAAAAGUCUUACCGGUUUUGGUACCGCUGCGGCCGCCGAUAUCUUUCUCAAAAGCAAAGAUGAACGAAAUAAAGCUCCCUACCGGCUCUACGCUCCGGCGUAUGUCUUGGCGCCAUUGCGUGGGAAAAGCGAGGCUCCCGAAUCGUUCGGGAUGGCGGGACCAGAGGAAUGUGCGGUGCUCUACUUGAGUUACUGUCUAAGCGAAGACCAGGCCUGGUUACUGGCUGUUGCUACUGACGAUCGAGGUGAAAUCUUCGAGACUGCGACGAUAAAUGUUGACGUGCCGAAUAGAAGACGCAGAAAGAGAGCAUCGGCUAGACGCGUCGGUCUUCAGAAGUUGAUGGACUUUAUUCUCGGCGUUAUGUCGCAAGGGGUCCAGCCUUGGAGAUUGGUGGUCGGUCGGGUGGGUCGCAUCGGCCAUGGUGAACUGAAAGGCUGGAGUUGGCUUCUGUCUCGCAAAGCGCUUCUCAAGGCGUCAAAACAUUUGAAAGAAAUUUGUGGUCAGUGUAGUCUUAUGUACCCAGGGGCGGCACCUUGUGUAUUGAGCGCAUGCCUAGUAUCUCUAGAACCAGACUCGACACUCCGGCUGAUGGCUGACCAAUUUACCCCGGACGAAAGGUUUAGUCAAGCCUCGGUUAACUGCCAGCUGUCCACGCCGCAGGACGUCACGUGUACUCAUAUUCUCGUCUUCCCUACUUCAGCUACUACGCAGUCUUCGCAAACUGCUUUCCAAGAGCAACACAUUAACGGACCGGAUCUUGGGGAUGAUGAAUUGUUUUCGGCACUUGACGACGACAUGCCGGAAGGGAUGGAAGGAAUGGGAGACUUUAACGAUAUAUUUAACGUUUGGCCAGAGGCAGGUGCCGGAGGAGGACAAAGUCCCGGAGGAAGUCCACACCGACAAGAGGGAUCACCUUUAGGUGGUGAGGGCGGGGGUUCAGGCCUCGGAAAUCACGACGGCCCCGGGAGCCCUUUCCCCUGCAACAACACUCCCAGGACGGCGGUAAAUGACCAGGCCGAAGAGGUCGGAACGCUUUUGCAACAGCCGUUGGCUCUUGGGUAUUUGGUAUCCACAGCACCUACUGGACGUAUGCCCUCCUGGUUUUGGUCGGCAUGCCCUCACCUCGACGGUGUUUGUCCCGUCUUCCUUAAGAAUGCUUUACACCUGCACAGCCCCGCUAUUCAGCAGAACAGCGACGAUCUUUUGCAGCAGCAGAGCGCACUCACUGCGCAUCCCCUCGACUCUCAGUAUACCACCGAUGUGCUUAGGUAUGUGCUGGAAGGAUACAACGCAUUGUCCUGGCUCGCGGUGGAUGCCAAUACAAAAGACCGGCUAUCCUGUUUGCCGGUCCAUGUCCAGGCACUCAUGCAGCUCUACCACGCAGCGGCAGCCCUCGUCUGACCCAGACCCUCUCCUCUUGUAAUGCAGCGCGCACUCCUCUCUCUCAGAUUCGUUACCGUAUUAACAUUACUCGGGGCUUGGCGAGAGCAAAUAGUUUUGUACCCGCACUGCGGUGAUACGACGUUGAAUAUCGAUAGAAUCGCUGUCUCGUUCCCGACUUGAUCGUUGACGUCCAUGAGAAUAAGGAAUUGUAUAAAAUUGAGGACUGUUACCUAGAAUACAAAACUCGGAUACGAGAACAAGACGAGCAUCGUCGUACGUCGUUAAGAGCGAGUAUAAGACGUUUGGAAUUGCCUCUCGGUUAAUAGAUAGUUAAUUUUAUAAAAACUUGAAAAAGAAGUAAAACAAUAACAAAACAUCAGAACCACUAGUAACUUAUAUGUAUCCACAAGUGUUUUUAAUUGUAAAUUAAACUUUUGUACAAAGAAUUUUAUUACAUACUAGCGCGACAAGUAAUAUAAAAACGAAUAUAUUACAUUGUUUUAUAAUUUUAUAUAGGUAAUAAAAUAAAAACGGGGGUAAUUGUUAUUUGCCUCAUAAAAGCCCCAAGUAUGCGAUGUUGUGGAAAUGAGAAACGCGAUGUGUAUGCUCCCCUGUUCGAGUCACUGUUAUCACGUUAGCCAGACUCGAAGCGCAACACUUUAGUAACGAGUGAAAAUUAUAUUGACUUCGGAAGAAAAAAAAAAUGUCAUUUGAUACGUUGGACGACCGUACUCCUUAUGCAUACGGCAUAGUGUAACAUAUUAUAAUGUUUAAAGAUAGAGAGAUGAUAAUUUAUGAAGCGAUCAUAUCGCGGGAAUUAGCCAAUUUAACUUGGUCGUCCAAGGAUUUGAUCAUUCAAAGA